CACUCGGCAGACGAGCCCUCAUCCCGCAGAGGUACCUUUGGUACCUCCCACCUUAGGUGAGAGGGGGUACCUCUCUACCGCCCACCCAAGGUAUACGCCUAAGGGAUACACCAAAGGUACUUGCAUAGCUUCAUCAAUGCGGCGCAUUAUUCUCUCCCUCCUCCUCCUCCCACCUCCCUCAUCACACGCACGCAUACGCAUACGUAUACGCAUACUGCCUUGGUAGAUCCAGACGCGUGGGCCAGCACCAAAUACCGAAUUCGACCUUGUAGCCCCAGAAGCACCCGUCGCCGGCGCUAUCCGCCAUCAUGGCCAGCUUUCUCCGAGGGAGGCAGGCCGGCAUGCAGAAUGACCUGUCUGCCAACAUCCUACCCGACUCCUUCGUGCCAGACGACCGCGCACGAUAUGGGAUCAAUUCCCAGUCUCUGCCCCAAUCCCAUCCCUACAGCUCCGUCGCUUUCGAACCCGUACAGUCUCUUCUCGCUAUCGGCACGGCCGAGUCGAAAUUCGGCAGUGGAAGGAUAUACGUCUACGGGCAGAACCGUGUCCAGAAGCUGCUCGCCCCCUCGAGGUCGAGCUCGUUCGCAGACCUGCAAUUCUGCGCCAAUCGUCUGGUCAGUCUCGACACUAAGAACGAGGUGACCAUAUGGGACGUAGACACGGGCAAGCGAGUUGCGAGCUUCCGCGCCCCUGGCAUCGUUGCCUAUAUGCUCACUGAUCCUACGCUGGACUGGUGCUUCCUAGGGAUGCAGUCUGGAGAAAUAUGCGCCUACGACCUCGACAGGGAACGCAUGCCGCCCUUCCGCCUGCCCAACUUCUGGGCCGAAAAGGAUCCGAGUUCGAGAGCGGUGGCCUUGGUUUCGAUGCAGCUACACCCCCGUGACAUCGGGAAGCUGUUGAUCGCCUACACCCAUGGUGUUGUCGUCUAUUCUUUCAAGCAGAACGUGCCCAACAGGUUCUUCGAGUAUGAGGUGCCUCCCGGGGCGCCCGGCGGUUCCUGCCAAGUUGUCGAAUCCGUGCGAAGACCCAAGGUCACUAAUGCGCUGUGGCAUCCCACGGGCACCUUCGUGCUCACUGCCCACGACGACGGAAGCCUGGUGUUCUGGGACGCGAAAGACGGACGUGUGGUGCUCGCGCGGACCCUGUACGACCUGAAUGUCGAUCGGCCGGUGCCGAAUCCUGGAGCCUCGGAUCCGAAGCGCCCGUACGUGCGCAUUGCGUGGUGUUGCAAGCAGAACCCCGAGGAUAGCGGGCUUCUGAUUGCCGGGGGUCAGAGAUUUGACGAACCUUCGACGGGACUCACCUUCAUAGAUCUCGGCGUCACUCCCAACUACGCAACUUCGUCGUGGCAAAUCCUAGCGGAGUACUUGAAAGGAAAGCAUCAAAAUACGUUGGAAACCCCCGCUGGGGUUGAAGUCGCCAACUUCUUCCUCAUCCCACGCUUGUCUCCUCACUUUGCUGGUGCCCAAGACCCGAUCGCCGUGAUGGCCUUGCUCUCCUCUGGCGAGAUCUCCACUAUGAGUUUCCCAAGCGGAUAUCCUAUAUCGCCAACGAACCAGCUCCACCCCUCCGUAUCGUUUGUCCACCCGUUUGCGACGAAAUUCGCCGCUACCACGUUUGAUCGUGGCCGGUGGCUCGGAAUGAUCGAGAACAGAAAUCAAGGUGAGCCGUUGCUGAAGGGGGGCGCCGAGGCACCUCGACCACGUCGACGAUUUGAAGGUCGCACGAUUAUUCAGGUUGCCCAUGCCGAUAGUACUGUCCGGAUUUGGGACGUGGGCCAUGGCGACGAGAUCGAGAACCCUUCACAGCUGCAGGUUGACGUUUCUAGAGCCCUGGAUCGUUACGAGGACGUGAACGUCACAGCUAUGUCCUUGGCCCCUGGUACUGGAGAGUUCGCUGUCGGCACAAGCAGAGGCGAGGUUGUUAUUUACCGAUGGGGCGUAAACGAAUUUUUCGGGAACCCCCAGCAGCAACGUAUCGAUCUUAACCCUGGAGGGCUCUCGAACAUUGCCGCGAGAGCCGAGCCUCCUUUGAAGAGCGGGCUUCAACCCCUCUCUCUGUACGAAAUGAUGCAGGGCCCGAUCAGCGCAUUAAAAGUGUCCGAUUCGGGGUUCGUUGCCGUCGGAUCCGAGAAGGGAUUCAUAAGUAUCAUCGACCUUCGAGGGCCUUCGGUCAUGUUUCAAGCCUCGAUGGCCGACUUUGUAAAACACGAAAAGAGAUCUUCGUUUUUUAAGAGCCGCUCUAGUACAUCCGCCAACCAAGAAUGGCCAGUGGCAGCUGAGUUCGCUGUCAUGACACUCGACGAAGACAAAUACUCCAGCAUAUGUUGUUUCGUGGGCACAAACAUGGGGAAGAUUAUCACUCUCAAGAUCCUACCUGCUGGUGGAGGCUACAGUGCUUCGCUGGCGGGGGUGGCUCAUUUAAAUGACAAGGUUGUGUCAAUAUGUCCUAUUAUUACGGAUAGCGGAAAGCCGGCUCUGGCCACGGGCGAGGCCGUGGCUGGACUUCGCCAGGGAAAGCAAGUGAACGGGCUCCUCGUCGUUGUCACCCAGAGCGAAGUUCGUAUAUUUAAGCCAGCCACUGCUAAGGGAGCUUCGAAGUCGUUCGACGACUACCUUUGUGAUAGCGCCGCGGUAACCGAGUUCGAUCUUCACGGAAUGGCUUUGGUGGGCGUCUUCGGCGACCGCGUAGCCAGGGCUUUUAGUCUACCGGGCCUCAAGGAAAUAGGCAGUGCCCCCUUGCCUAUGAUGGACGGUAGUCGUGGCGACAGCUCGGUAAUCACUGAGGACGGUGAGGUGUUCUGCUGGACAGGGCCGUCCGAGCUUGCCAUUCUCCAAGUAUGGGGCACAGGAAGGGAGAUGGAAAAUACGGCCGAUCAGCUCAUCAACCCGGACCUCUCGAUACCGCCGCGGCCGACUAUUUCGAAUGUGCAAUGGAUCUCGGGCACCCAAUACGUCUCGCCCGCCGAUUUGGAUCUCUUGGUUGGCGGUCCCGACCGACCUGCGAGCAAGCGGAUGCUUUAUGCGGCGGCUGCCAUGGAACGGAAUGCCCAGGCCGACUAUUCAGGGUCCGGAAGCCAAGAGGGCUGGGGCGAUUAUUUGACCAGGCAACUGAACGAGCGAACGGAGAAAUUGAACCUCGUGAAUGAUAGUCUAGACUCGGCUGCAAAUGCCAGCCAGAAGUGGGCCGACGAGGUUGGCAAAUUCGUCAGCCAACAGAAGAGAAAUAUACUGCUAGGCGGUAUCAAGGGCAAAUUUUCUUAAAUUACACACUCUUCGACGUAUCUCGGAAGGGCUUUUCGCCUACCUUGCGAUAAUAGGUUUCCUGGGGCUACUGGAGGUGCUUGGUUCCAGGGUAUUAUUCUCUACGGCCCCCCUCGACAAGGUAUGGGUUUUCUGGCGAAUGAUAGUGUAGGUAAGUAGUUUGUUGUCGCGUCGCUUUACGACUCGGGAGCAGGACGUAAGAGCAACCUCGUUUGCGUUCUCGGUGCAGCGCAUACUGCGAUAUUGCUUCAUCGACUU